CUCCAGGAGCCACAGGGACUGGAAUACGAAUAUUUAUCAAUGGAGUUGAACGAUGGAUCUACCCUGACGGAUACUACGAAAUUGACGAAGAAGGAAGAUCAGUAUGGCAUGCUUACACCCCAGAAGGAAGCAUUGCCGAUACAACAUCAGAAGGAAGCAUCGCCAAAGCAACACCCGAGGGAAGUAUCGAUGAUGACUACAGAAGCCAACAAUCUUCUCAGGAUGAUAACAGCAGCAACUAUGGAGAGUUGGAACGAAGAGCAGCUCCAGAUCCAAAGCCUCAUGAAUGGAUCAGAAUCUGGCAGUCAGAACUCGAAGAGCCAGAUAACAUUGAACAAUUGGGAUGAAUGGGAGAUUAGCGAGUGGAUGGGAGGAAUAGAAGAAAAUAGUAACAUAGAAGGAGUAGAGUUAGUAAAGAAAAAGGACCGUAGAAGAUUUGGGGAUGAGAAGAGAUGGGAACAGUUUAGUGGAAACGAUGAGAGUUUUCAGAAGAAG